AUGCUUCUGCUUCCUCCUCCUCCACGACAUCGACUUCCUCCCCCCCUGGCCCAACCUUGGCUAAUUUCAUCAAGCUUACUGAAUCCAAUUAUAUAUCUUCUCUGGACUGCUCAACUUCGCCCCUUUCUCAUUGGUCAUGGGCUACUCAAAUAUGUGGAUGGCUCCACCUGUGCCCCUGCUAAGACUCUCAUUGUCUCUGACUCUACUGUUCCUGCUCCCAAAUUUUGA